CUUCAAUUGACUCACGCUUUCAAAAAUUUUAUUUAAUAGACAAAAUAUAAUACGACUGAUACGAAACGCGAUUUUUCUCUAACAGACUCAUUACAAUCUAGUCCUUAGUUCUUAAGAAAAUUGUUAGUCAGUAAAGGUGCGGUGUCACUUCAUCUUUAUAUUCCCAUAAAAUCGUUUUCGAAAUCUCAUAUUUAUUAUUUUGCAAUAUUAAAUGUUUUUGCAUACUACAAAGAAACAAAUUACAUCCUUUAGUUCACACUAGUUUGUAAGAAUAGUAAUCAAUUUUGUUUUGGCAUGUCAACCAGGCUAAUUGGUUUAAAACCAUGAUGCACCUUGUUUUGAUGCUAUGUUAUUAAAGAACCUACUCCGAUUACUUCGAAGAAUCUCUAAUGUCCAAUGGAGAAUGAAUAAAUUCGUUUAAAGAAUCACAACUAAUUAUAUCAAUAGUACCAUGUUAGCAUAUAUCUAAACAAUUAUAUAAGCAUACCAUUUUUUCCGCCCGUCUGAUUUUAUACUGGAUUUAAUGUCAAUAAUGUAUUUCAAGUCCGAAAGUACAGCAGCAUAUAGUACCAGCUCUCUGUAUCAAUACUCCAAGCUGUACUUUGUAAUUAAUUUUGACAGAUUCAAAAUAGAAAUUAAACGGUUACUUUUAAGAACCAGUAAUCGAAUGGUGUAAUUGUUCCUUUGAUUCCAUAGUGGGCAAUUCCUCAAAUUAACCUACAUCUGAUCAUGCACUCUUAUAUUUAGAUGUUCCAAAUUUAUUCUCCUUUCAUUACUUUUUCAGAUUAUCCAUUUAAUUGUCUGAAAACGAAUAUAUCUUGAGCAGUAUUUUUCUUUCGGAUAUAUAUUUAUAUUCAGCAUGGCUCAAGGAAAACUUAAAGUCAAAACCAAAUUACCCAAAGGAGUGAAAUCCGGUAAAAGUGAAAGGUCUUUACAAAAACAAUCCACCAAACCAAUGCGCAAAGGGACUCGCGUUAUAAAACCAAAAAAAGAAAGACUAAAAGAAGCUCAUGAAAUGAAGAAGCAUAUGGAAAAAUUGUUAAAAAGAUCAGUGGAAAAACAAGCUAUUGAGAAAGUGUCGUCUUGUGAACCCCGUUCACUAAAAAUUGUAAAAGAAUAAAUCAAUAAAAAUGUAUAUACUCAAGAAGCUUUGUCGUUU